AGAUGAGAAAAGUUAGCAUUCAACUGCUGUGUUUUUGUAUAAUUGCUUAAAAAACGAAUUGUAACAGUUUUGUGCUUAAAACUGAUUGUUGCUUGUCCAAAGGUUCUUUUUAAUUAUUAAUUAUGUACUGGAUGUGAUUUAAAACUGACACGGAAAAAUUGACUAUCUUAUUGAGUAUUGUUUCCUGUUAAAAUAAUGGAAGAGGAUAGCGAGUACAAAAAGUUAUCGGUGGACGAACGCUGUGUACAUAAGUUAUGGAAAGCCCGUGUAGAUGGCUACGAAGAAGCAGCAAAGCUCUUCCGUGCAAUCGACGACGAAAAAUCUUCUGAAUGGAACAAAUAUCUGGGACUUAUAAAAAAAUUUGUUGUCGAUAGCAAUGCAAUCGCGCAGGAAAAAGGUUUAGAGGCAGCUUUGGUUUUCAUUGAAAACAGCGGAAACGCUGGAAAAACAGUUGGUGAAGUUAUGAGUGGUAUCAUUACGAAGUGCAUAGGAGCACCCAAAGCUAAGACAAAGGAUUUAGCAGUUCAAAUAACGCUGAUGUAUAUCGAAAUUGAAAAACAGGAUGUUGUUUUGGAAGAAUUGUUAAAAGGAGCGGAGUUGAAAAAUCCUAAAAUUGUGUCAUCUUGCGUUGCUACUAUUACCCUAGCUUUGAGAGAAUUUGGUAGUAAAGUAGUUAAUAUCAAAUCGAUUGUGAAGAGGCUUCCUGCUUUAUUAAGUGAUCGAGAUAAAUUAGUUCGGGAUGAAUCAAAGUCUCUUACAAUAGAAAUCUAUCGUUGGGUUGGCGCUUCCUUCAAGUCACAAAUUGCUUCUCUCCCUGCAGUUCUAUUAACUGAGCUGGAAACUGAAUUUGCAAAGGUUUGUAAUAGUAAAGCAAUCCCUACGAGAUAUUUGCGGUCACAACAGGAGAAACAAAUGUUAGCAGCGGUUGCCACGAACUGUAAUGUUGGUGAUGGUGCCAUAGACGAUGAGGCAGAUGAAGCAGAGCAGAUUGAUCCAAUGGAUUUAAUAGAUCCGGUGGAUAUUCUAUCUAAGUUACCCAAAGACUUCUACGAAAAACUAGAAGCAAAAAAAUGGCAAGAAAGAAAAGAAUCGCUUGAAGCAUUGGAAGUUUUGCUGCAGAACCCUAAGCUUCAGUCAGGCGAUUAUGGAGACAUUGUUCGAGCUCUCAAGAAAGUUGUGGCAAAAGAUACUAAUGUGGUUUUGGUAGCCGCUGGUACUAAAUGCAUAGCAAUGCUGGCGAAAGGUUUGGGUAAAAAAUUCAACCCAUAUGCUGGGGCAUGCAUUCCGGUCAUUUUUGAGAAAUUUAAAGAGAAAAAAACUAAUGUAGUAACUGCAUUAAGAGACGCAAUCGAUGCAAUAUAUCUUUCUGUCACGUUGGAUGUCAUGCAAGAGGAUAUUUUAGAAGCAUUGGGAAAUAAAAAUCCAAGUGUUAAAAUGGAAACUGCUUCUUUUUUAGCACGAGCUUUUACCAAAACGUUGCCAACUGUACUUAACAAAAAACUUCUCAAAGCUUAUGUUACUGCUCUACUUAAAACACUGAAUGAGUCUGAUCCAGCAGUACGUGAUGCAUCCGCAGAAGCUCUCGGAACAGCUAUGAAGCUAAUAGGCGAAAAAGCUAUUGGUCCGUUCCUUACAGAAGUAGAUGCAUUGAAGCUUGCAAAAAUUAAAGAAUGUUGUGAGAAAGCCGUAAUUGUAGUAAAAGUUCCUGGGUAUAAAAAAGACCGGCCAGCAACAGCCCCAGUGAAGAGUAAUUUAAUGAUAAAUGCUGUCAAAAAGGGAGGAUCAGUAGAAACUAAAUCCGUUGUAAGACCUGCUACAGCUGGAGUCAGGAAACAGUUGGGAACAAAAAAAAUACCUGGUUCUACGGCUAUAGUGAGUGGUUCAGGAAUUUCUAAACCUGUUAGUAGUUUAAAAGUAUUGCCAACAGAGCGUGAUAUGACGCAGGAAGAAAUUGAAGAUAAAGCAGCAGAAAUUCUUCCGGCGGAUGUUAUUAAUGGAUUGGUAGAUUCCAGUUGGAAAACCAGGCUUGCUGCAGUAGAAAAUUUAUCCGGAAUUGUCGCAAAUAUAGAAAAUAAAUGUGGUUAUUCUCAAAUCACCCUACGUUUUCUUGCUAAAAAACCUGGUCUUAAAGAUACUAAUUUCCAAGUGCUCAAAAUAAAAUUGGAAAAUGUAAAAUUGAUCGUUGAGAAGCUUGGGAUUACAGUUACCACAUCUGAAUAUAUUAUCAAUGAUAUAACUGAAAAACUUGGAGAUACCAAAAACACCAUAGCCGCAGGACAAGCAUUGAGUGCUAUCGCCGAAGCAAUCUCGCUUGAAUAUACAGCUUCAAAAGUCAUGGAAUUCGCUUUUGAGCAAAAGUCUCCCAAGGUACAGCAGGAGGCUUUAAAUUGGGUUGGCGGCGCUAUUAGAGAAUUUGGAUUCCAAGUUAAUCCAAAAUCGUUGCUUGAUGAUUCAAAAAAAGCCGUUCAAAGUAUUAAUCCGGCUGUACGCUCAUCAGGGAUAGCUUUACUCGGAACAAUGUACCUAUUCAUGGGAAACACAUUGAUGAUGUAUUUUGAGAACGAGAAACAUUCUUUAAAGCAACAAAUUCAGUCAGAAUUUGAAAAAUGUGCAGGUUUGAAACCCCCCGUUCCUAUACGAGGACUGUCGCAAUGCUCCAACAAAGUUAGUAUGGAUUCAAAUUUGGGCGAUGACCUUGAAACAGAAGAUCAACCCGUGACGAAUAACGGCGAUGUACAACCACAUAUUGACAUCUCAGCACAAAUAACGGAAUCUAUUUUGUCAGAAAUAUCCGACAAGAACUGGAAAACUAGAAAUGAAGGGUUAGAAAAAAUAAAAGGCAUCAUUCUGGAAGCUAAAUUAAUUAAACCUAACCUUGGAGAUUUACCGCAAGUAUUGGUUCAACGGUUAAUGGAUAGCAAUGCAAAGAUUGCACAAACAUCGGUUGAGAUUUGCGAACAAAUUGCUGUUGCAAUGGGGCCUUCCUGCAAACAAUACGUACGCGUAUUCUUUCCAGCGUUUCUAAAAGGUCUUGGUGAUGGAAAAGCUUUUAUCAGAUGUGCUGCUAUUUCAUGUAUAAAUACCUGGGGUGAUGUAGCUGGAUAUAAGGAAUUUUUUGAAGGAGAAAUGAUUGCUGAUGCCCUAAAGGCCGGUAGUCCGGCAUUGAAAACUGAAUUAUGGGGUUGGCUGGCAGAAAAAUUACCACUAAUUCUAGCAAAAAGCAUUCAGAAGGACGAGCUAAAUGCGAUGCUUCCUCAUUUGUACGCUAAUAUUUCGGAUAGAAAUGCAGAUGUUCGAAAAAAUGCAAAUGAAGCGGUUUUAGGAAUCAUGAUCCAUUUGGGAUAUGAUGUUAUGAUGAAAGCUCUGGAUAAACAAAAACCAACUUCAAAAAAAGACAUUCAAGCGGCUCUGGAUAGAGCACGACCGAAUUUACCCAUCAAGCCUUUGCCAAAAAAUAAACAGCAAGCUCCUAUUUUGGAUGAACCACCUAAAUCUACAAGACCAACCACGGCAAAAGUUCAAAAAAUUAGCUCCGGAGGAGGUACAAAGCAAAACAAUUCAUUUGCAACUCGUAAGAAAGAAGAUGAAACAGAUAUCUCUCCUUUAUUGGCAAUGAAUAAUAUGAAAAGCCAACGUUUAUUGGACGAGCAGAAGCUUAAAGUUCUAAAGUGGACCUUUACAAGUCCAAGAGACGAGUUUACAGAUCUCUUGAAAGAACAAAUGACAUCGGCGAACGUCAAUAAAGCGUUGAUUGCAAAUAUGUUUCACGACGACUUCCGAUAUCACUUGAAAGUGAUUGAUGCACUGGUAGAAGAUUUACCAAAAAAUGACAAUGGAUUGAUUUGUAACUUAGAUUUAAUUAUGAAGUGGCUUUCUUUGCGCUUUUACGACACAAAUCCGUCAGUGCUGCUUAAGGGCCUAGAUUAUUUAAAUCUAGUAUUUCAAAUGCUCAUCGAAAAACAAUAUAUACUGGCGGAAAAUGAAGGCAGUUCAUUUGUUCCGCAUCUUUUAACAAAAAUAGGAGAUCCUAAGGAUGUGGUACGAAAUGGAGUAAGAAAUCUUUUGCGACAAAUAUGUUUGUUAUAUCCAUUUGCGAAAGUUUUUGUGUUUGUAAUGGAUGCCCUGAAAUCAAAAAAUGCCCGUCAGCGGGCGGAAUGCCUAGACGAGUUGGGAUAUUUAAUCGAGACAUACGGCCUAACAGUUUGCCAACCAACGCAACAGGCUGCACUCAAGGAAAUUGCAAAACACAUAUCCGAUAGAGACAACUCUGUCCGCAAUGCUGCACUGAACACUGUCGUGCAAGCUUUCUUCCUUGCUGGAGAAAAGGUUUAUAAACUGAUUGGACAACUAUCAGAAAAAGAUUUAUCAAUGUUGGAUGAACGAAUUAAGCGCUCGAAAAAAACUAUCAUUAAAAAACCUAGUAGCACCCUUGAAAUGGCGAAGGCGUCAUCAGUAUCGGAAUUAAAUAUUGAGAGCGAGCUGGUGAAUGACGAAGAUGAAGAAAACAUUCAAAUAGAACAAUCUGUGGAAAUUGAGCCAGCGCGACCGCCGGAAGUGAUUCUACCUAAGAUCAGCGGUCCAUUUAAGCUGGACGACAAUGUGAUCUCCGAAAUCGAAUGCAAUUGGUUGAAGGCUGACAAUCACCAUAAAUUGGAUUUACCAACGAUCGAUGUUUCAUUUAUCUAUGAAUCGAUCAAGGUGAUUCCAGUUCGGGGUGUGGCCUACCCAGAAGAUAAGUUCCAACAGAUGUUGACACGUACUUUAUAUCGGCCAAUCACUGCGAAUUCACGUGAAUACGCGAUGAGUCCGCCAUCUCACACGCGGUCGUCUGCCUUCGGUGGAACUAUCGGUGGAACUAAUAAGCCCAAACCAACUGCAAAUUUGGCUGAUGCUUUGCCUAAGCUUGACCCAAAUUUGCUACGUAUCAUUCGAAGUAUUGGAAGCGUUGAUGUAUAUACUGCACAUGCUGCUAUUAAUGAAUUAUCAGAUAUUUUGGAAUCACACGAAAAACAAGCAGUAUUGAGAGAUUACGAGGAAAUUUAUAUUCAGAGUAUACUACAACAAUUUAAGUAUUUGCAGCAAAAACCAUUAACCGAAUCAUUGGCAAUGUAUCAACCACUAUUACACAGCAUCUAUUCCUUUUUUGCUUCAAAAACACUCGGUAAAAACUUAUCGAUAAAUACAAUAAAAAGUAUUAUUGCGGUACUAUUGGGAUUAAUGGCAGAUAAUAAACUAGGUGGAAGCUCUGAUGAUGCCCAGUUUACUAAAGUUGUAAAUGGUAUAUGCCUCAAAAUCCUCGAUCGUACCAACUUCACUAAUUUAAACUGUGCGUUAGUGCGGCUACUCAAAGAGUCCUGUCAAACGAGUUGCUUGCCGAAAUUUACCGAUCUGUUAAUGAAAUGUAUCUGGAGAAAUAUCAAGGUGAUUCCGGAUCGGCUUCAGGAUUUGGAAUAUGACGCAGUACUACUGGAAGUUCAUGAAUUUAUGCUAGCAUUACCAAGUGCAUGGUGGCAACAACGUCCUUCUGACACACCUCUACGAACCAUUAAAACAAUCAUUCAUAAUAUGACAAAAAUAAAAGGAAAUGCAAUUUUGCAACAUUUGAAUAAGAUCCCUAGUCAUUCCGAACUAAACAGCUAUAUCCUUCGUAUAUUGAAAAAUCUUAGCAAAGAGUCUACGUUUAAUUUGGUCAACACACACAAUCAGCAUACCUCAGUGGUAAAUAUUUCUAACAGUGAAAACAACAACAGCCAGCAUAAAUUUGGUACUCGGCCGGUUUACGAAACACACGAAGAAGUGUCUGUCAUAUUCAAACUUAUCUCAAACACGGAAACUAGUCGUGAGGGUUUAGUAAAACUGCAUGAAUUCAAGUCCAAAAACCCAGAUAUCGAUAUUCUUCCAUUUUUGAAAGGUGCAAGUGUAAGCUUUCAGAAAUAUAUAUUCGACGGACUAGCAGAAUUAGAUGCUAGCAAGCAAAAUACGUCUGAAAAUGCGAAAAAUGCUUCGACCGUCAAUCGACUAGCCCAAUCAACAGCAAACCCCGAUUACUGGAUGGAAAGGUUGAAUUCACUCAUGACAAAAUCCAAUCAUCAACCUAAUCAACCAAACUGUGCGGUCAGCAGUCAAUAUGAAGAUAAUAAAACUACUGAUGAAAAUCUAAACCACAACCAGAUUCAACCAAAAGUCAAUUUACUCCGGAAAGAAGCCAUUGGAGGUUUGGGUUCUGGUUUGAUUCCAAAUACUGGAAUAGGCAGCAGCGGAAGUGGUGGAAGCAAUAGCGGCAGUUCCAGUAUUGUGAGCAACAUACCUUUGCAACGACGAGAAUUGUUGGCACAGAAAUUAGAGCAAAUUAAGCGGCAAAAGUAAACUAUUCACCAUCAAACUAAAUUGAGUUGAGUUUACUUGAGUUUAACGAGUACAUACAAGAUGAACCCACUUGGUUUUGUUUGAAAAAAAUGAUUAAUGUUUUCAUAGGUAAGGUUUGUUACUGAUAAACUUGUUUUAGACAAUAUCUAAUAACAGGUUGCUUUUAUCGCUCUCAUCUCAGCGGUAUUUUAGGUGAUACUGGAAUGUACAUUUCUUUUUGCACGUAUACAUCAAUCGCUUUCUAAAUUGUACGUUUAAUGAUUGCAAAACUUCCGUAGAUUUAAAAUUUCACAUCGUUCACAUUUCGGAUCGUUAGUUUAUUAUAUGCAAACAAAUAUGUCAACCAACAAAAAAAAAAAAUAUUUAAAAAAAUUGGAAAUUCCCAUAAGCUUAGUAGAACAUACAAAAAUAAAACAAUAAUAGGGUAGAAUGGGGCAAAGUGUGUUAGUGCAGCUCUCUAUGUCCUAUGUUAUAGAGGAAAAUUGAAAUAUUUUUCAUUCUAAUACCUAUCUAAUUAAAAUAUGACACAGUUACGUAUGAAAUGCGUCAAAUUGAAAAACUAGUUACAAUUUGAAUUUUUUUAUAUAGAUAAAUUUCAUGUUUUUGUCUUGAUUUUAAAUGAAGACUUAUAAAUUGCAGAAUUGUGAAGAGGAAAGAACGGAAAAUUAGAUUGGAGAGCGUCAUUGAGGCAACACUUAUAGGUUCGUAGUUAGACAUAUUGUGUAUCCUUUUACCCCAGCAAACUGGUGGAAAAGGAAUCUAUAAUGUUUAUAUUAGGCAUGCAACAAUGUCUUUUGGUAUUUAUUGACCAAACUCGUGUUUUUAGUCUUUGACCUUGAAAUGUGGUCAGACAUUAAUACUAAUAUUUUUUUUUUGAAACGAUGGUUCUACAAUUGAUGGAGGGACGGUAAGGGAAAGUAAUGGAAAUUUUGGGAAUGGAGAGAAAAGAGUGGAAAGGAAAGGAGGGGGGGGGUAAUCGGUAGCUAAGCGUAGCUGUUGUCGUUGUAACUCCUACCUACCUACCUGAUAGAUUGUGGGUUCAAAUCCGGUUAUAAUCUCUGAUUAUAACUUGGUUCGACCCAUGCACCUUCCAGCAUUGGACAAAAGGUAGGAGUCACAACGACAACUGGUUAAGCGUAGCUACCAAUUACCCCCCCCCCCUCUUCCUUUCCACUCUUUCCCCUCCAUUCUUAAAAUUUCCAUUUCUUUCCCUUACCGUCCCUCCAUCAAUUGUAGAACCAUCGUUUCAAAAAAAUAUUAAUGUUGAUAUUUAUUUAUUUAUUUAUUCAUCUGACUAAUUUCGCCUACGACUUGCUUCCUCAGUGUCUGUUUUCGAACUCUCAUCUCAUCUGACUAAUGUCUACAUGAAGUCUAAUAGCUACAAAAAAUUGGCGGAUUUUAUCUUCUGCACAAAGUUAUGCGAUUACUCAUCGAAAUAGAAUAGCUCUUCCACUUUUAAAAGGUUCUAAUACGACGAGUCAAGAUCAAGUAGACGGCACCGUUCUAAGUAUGUCAGCCAUGGCGGAUGCACCAAUGUUUAUCUACCUAAAGAAUAACCUUUAAUCCUUUAUAAGGCAGCGGCAACUAUAUUGCCACCAACAAAAUUUUUUUUAUUUUGCUGCUAUAAUUAUAUUGAUGUCAUUAUAGACGCGAAACACAGCACUACACAUAUUAUUUGUGGUAACGUUACUGUAUUAUGCUUCAGCCUGGAAAUACCGGAAAAAUAAUCGACCAUUCCAAAAGCAACUAUUAUAAAAUAUACCAGCCCGAAGAUUGUGUCAACUGGUUUUUCUAAGCGGACGCCGAAACUGUAUAUGAGGUUGAUCUAUUGCAGAGGAACAGAGCCUGUCCCGAAAAUCCACACUGAGGAUCGCGGGUAACAUUCUAACGCUUGCGAACAACGUCACAUACAAUGCUUUGCAAGUAGUAAGUGCCUGUACAGUCUCGUCGUCCCAUUAGUAAAAUCAGUUAGAUCUUCUCGGUCGGGAGUUGAGGGCAACGGCACAGUAUGAGUCUAAAAAAUAAAAAAAUCAGAGGGGUUGUGUACAAGACACGACCGCAUAUAUAGGUGACGCAGAACUACGUAAGUGUCUUUGUAGUGAUAGUAGCAUGUAUUCAUGCUUGUAAUCAUUCGAUUCUUCAUGUAUAUAUGCUAUAUGCAACAUAUAUACAUGCUACAUGCGUUGUAUGUAACAUUUAUCAAAGUAGUAACAUUGCAUACGUUCAAUUCUCAAAAGAUUGUGCAUUUGAAAACAAUUUAACAAAAUUAAGAACACAAACUAUGGUUUUCUGCUACCUUACUGAAAUUAAAGAUUGUUUUUAUUACCCAUGGUUCCCCACGUUGAAGGAAUUUUACCGAUUCAAUCCUAUUUUAUCAACAGCAUAUCUUUUCACUACACUUCUAAUGGAACGGCAAGCAUGCGUAUUCAUACAGAGUCGUAUUAUAACCGAACACUUAAUCGUCUCGCAGUAAAGAAUUUGCGAUCUGUUGGGAUAAUGAACUUGUGUCAUUUUUUCUGGCACACUUUCCUAACACAGACAUCAAAUUGGACUAGGUUUAAUCGCGUUCGUAAGAAAUUUGUUGGUACGAGGGGGCUUUGUUACUCUCUCUGGUGUACUUCCCAAGCAAGGACAUCAAAAUGGUCUAGGUUGAACCGCGGUGUUAACUUGUUGAAAUGAGGAAACUGGCACUUGUUUUGGCUUACUUCCCAAGCACAGAUAUCAAAUUGGUAUAGGUUUAGAUCAUCGUAAAGAAUCUUCCAACCAAUCACGAAGCGAGAAUUCUGGUAAAACAUAGGUUCAUUAUUUUCAAUUUUUUAAUAGUUCAACAUCAAGAACCCGUACUUUUCUUCAUUUGGGUCAAUUCUCCGAUUUUCCGAUCGAUUGGUGUAAGAAUAUUGAAAAUCGAUCGGAAAACCGCUGAGCUAUUAGCGCUCAAAACCUUUCAUUUUUCGUUACGCUCGCAUUUUUCGAUUUUUUGGAAUGACACCCUUUCUCAAAACUUGCCGUAAGACGUAGUCCUACGUCAAAAAUAACUUUGUUCCGCCAGUGAUGGUGGCAUCUAAGUAAGUGUCGCACGCUUAAUAUAAAAAUUAGAUUAGUUAGAAAGUUAGAAAAGAGAUUUUUUUACCUUUCGCUGGGGUUCAAACUGUAGUUCACAUUCACACAAUAUCUGCGAAUUACAUGACUUUAGAGAAAAGUUGCGUUCGAAUCCAGCUAUAAUUGGCACCCAUUAUAGCUUGGUUCAAUCCGGGGAUCUUCCAGUUUAAAAAAAAGGCGAACAACGGACUUAUAAGUGUUCCUUCAGUGACCCUUCCCCUCAUCUAAUCUCAUUUCGCCUCGCCCAGGAGAUACUAUCAACACAUUAGCUUCAUUGCUUUGUUACUAUUUUUCUACAAUUUGCUUGAUCUCUUGGAAAGACUAUCGUAUAGAUUAUUUGCCGUAAAUUUGGAUGGAAUUGAUCACUUUAUCGAGUACUUUUAAAUAUCUUUGGAUAGAAACAUAUUCAAGAAGAUGGUCCAAUUUUAAAAGAAAUACUGUAGUGCUACACACAACAGUGUACAUGAUACUUUUAUAUAAAUUGUUUUAUUUUAGGAACAGCUAAAUUGUAAUUUUCGGGUGAAAUUGAUCGCGAGACAUCAAGAUGAUUAUCAUAUAGAAAUUAAGACGACUGAUAGCAAAAACAACGUUUUUUGACAGCAGUGAACUAGCGUGCAGUAUCAUAUCUGGCGAAAUGUAUAUUUAUCUAGCGGUUAACAUAUCCACGGUAAAGUGACCUAUGUUUAGAGUGGCGAUACUAUCAAAACUGUCAUUCCAGUUAACUGCUAGUCUCACCCCAAUCGAGCAGACGACCUAUAAAACGAGUGUGUAGAAAAGAGAAAGAAAAUACGCAUUGCAUACAUAUAGGAUGACAUGUCGCCACGCUGUAUAUAUACAAGUCACUCUACUCCACGGUAGAGAUAUGAGGCAGUCGGUUCUACAUAGUGUAGUGGCUGUGUUUGCUGGAUGCUAAAUAUGAACGAUGAAAAGUUUUAAAACAAAUUUUAGCAGGUACUAUGUGUUUCUUUUUACAUGGCUAUAUAUAUCUGUACAUGUACAAUUUACCAUUUGUUAACAUUUUUUGAAACUUUUGCCUUUAACCCGAUCUUAUGACGUAUCUUUCGACGAUAAGGUCGAUUAGCGAAACUAGCGCUCAUUCCUAUGGGGGGCUAAAGCCCCCGACAUUUUUUUUCAACCAUUUUAUUUGCUCGUUCAGGUCCAUUUUCUAGGGAGAGCUUAGCCCCCCCCCUAGUUCCGCCAAUGAUAAGGUCUCAAACCAAGUCCCUAAAGACAGCCGCUUUUCCGCAUGUGAAGCGACGUUUAUUGCAAUAUAGCACCAUGGCAACAUGGCUUUUCACGUUGACUUUAGCUUCUUUUUCCUUAUCGAUCGCAACGUAUUACUUGGCCAAGCAGGUAAUUCUCCUUCCUACUAGCUGGUAUCAGCGAACACUAAUUCAUCCAAAUGCGAACUUUUGUAUGUCAAUAAUACCCAACGGUAACCGGAGCCAAACGACAAAGGAAAACUGAAUGGAAUAGCUUUACAAACACAAACGGCUGUUUUUCGCACUUCGAUUACACCGCGAUGAUUAGUCAACCGUUCGACGUUGACAACCGAUCGACGCAGCCAAUUCGCACAAUCCGGUGAUUAACGCACGAAAGAUGAGCCGAAAGAGCGGGACCGCACAGGCAAAUCCUGACUAUCGCGUCUGUCCGGUAAGCAGAAGUUCCUCCUUUUCAUUUUUCACGCCCAAACACGUUGCAAGUUUUUAUUUCAAUAUGGCCAACCACGAUUCAUUUUUUGGCGUCCUUUCUUCGACGUUUUGCGUUAUGCGCAGUGGUGUGCGUACCGGAUGUCAAGGGGGUAGUUCUUUAACGAUUUAAGUCGCUGCCGCCGCCGGCUUUUCGUUUUUUGCGGCAAUGGCAAUUUCUACGCUACACAACCUAAUGUUAUGUCACUGGGUUUAAUCGACUUAAACGAUUCGAUUUUAGUUCUUCACCAUUGUUGAAACUUUUGCCUUUAACCCGAUUUGGCCACUUACCGUUCGACGAUAGGGUUUCAAACAUAGUGCCUAAAGACAGCCGCUUUUCUUCACACGAAUAGCGUGAAGCGACGUUGAUUGCAAUAUAGCAUCCAGAUGGCUUUUCACGUUGACUUUAGCUCCCUUUUCCUUUUCUUUGACUUUAGCUUUCUUCCUAUUAGCUGGUGCCAACGAACACGCGGCUUGCAAGAUCUUUGGCAACCGAAAAAUAAUACGUGUCAGAAGGCAUUUUGUGAAUGCGUUGCGGGAUUGGGAUAGGCAAUUGCAAUAUUUCGUUGUAUAAACUGGAAUAAUAGCAUAAACUGAUGGUUGUUUUUGACAUCAGAUAGCGCUGGAACAAGUCGGGCUGUUGAUAAGAUAAGAUUUUGCGGAACCCUCCGCUCCUUAUUUUCCCUUACGUAAUUAGUGAACGGCCCCUUGCAUGUUUUAAUCGCAAAAUGGUUCUAAUUUAUAAAUAAGCAUCUGUUAUAUAUUUCUGAUGAAAAAUGUUAUAAGAAAUCAAGGCUGUCAGAACGAUAAUUUAUUUCAUGGAAUUUUUCCAACAAGCGCAUGAUAUUUUAUGUUCAAAGCUAAAACAUUAAUUCGUUUCGGCAGCACUUAGUAGUUUGUGGAAGUUUUUAAACAAAAGCUGCGAAACUGCAGCUGUGAAAUGUGCUUAUCUUGCCCCGGGUCCUCUCUUUGAGAACUUGAUAUUUUUUGCAUAGUUAUUUGUAUACUGCCAGAAAAAAAGUUUUUCAAAAUCCAUUAAAACUAGAUGAAACAUAUUCCAGUGUUCAGUAUUACCACGAUUUUUUGGAAAAAAAUCCUACGAUAUUAUGCAUAUAGCACAUUACCGUUAAAAUAUUGACAUUUUCCAAUCCAGCACAGUAUGAGUUCAACCCUAGAGCGGGCGCGCUUGUGUACUGAGUGAACGCGUUUACGAAAAACGGACGGACACUGAAGAUUGGAACUAAUCCGCUAGAUGGCGCAUAUGCUGAAAUUUGAUUCAUUUGGCGAUAUCUCUUCGAGCCAUGACGAGAUAUGAGGUUGAUGUUUUCGACAAAGUUGUUCAUCAGGUCAGGAUACUUCCAAUGAUGAAUACUGAAAUUCGGAACUAAGUCGGUAGAUGGUGGAGAUAAUGAGAAAAACAAAUUUUGCGGAAUUAUGAUGACAUAGAACACUGCUAUUUACUACAAAGUGGUUUGUGUAGUCAAAACACGUUAGAUAACGCAUUCUUAUUGUCCUUUUCACCAUUGAUUGUGUUGUCAAUUCCAGCCAAUCAACAGUUAGAUAGAAAUUGGUUGCCUGAUAGAAGCAAUUGAUACGUAUUGCUGCAACUUUUAUCAAAAGAUGAGAAGAAGAGCGUAGAGAGACUGAUCAAGAUUCUUUUGACGAAGCAAUUUCGUUCAGGUUUACCGAGCUUCUACAUCGUCCAACCAGAAGAUUACCAGAAAUAGUUUCCUGGAAGACUAUGCCGCGUUUCCAUCACAUUGUUCAAAAACAUUUUAGAGAGUGUUUGAGUCCCUAUUCUUUCCAGGGUCGCCAACAGGUCUCGAAAAUCUGGCAAACACGAAUAAAAGCAAAGCCUUGGGCUUAAGGUGUAAUUAGUCGUUAUCGACUUCAGGUUGGCAAGAAGAAAGCAGUGUAUACAUUUCUAUAAACAAAAACCCGCUUUUGGAUCCAAAAGUUGCUUCCGAAAUUGGGUUCUCCGACGAAAAGUUAAUGACUGCUAGUUUCCCGUUAAACAACUUUCUAUGACUUGACUCUUCUUUAUCGACAAACUUCACAACCGGUUGGUAGAGUACGGGACAGCUACGGGGCUAGUGCAACAAUCCUACUGACCAUAUCUAGCAGCACCGCCUAGCCGAGAUUCGAACAUACGACGAUUGGCUUGUUAAACUAGCAUCGUACCUCGAAGCUAACACUGGCUAAAUGUCUGGCAAAAAUCUGGCGAUCAAUUUGACCGAUGGAAAGGACUUUUUCGUGAGACGUCCUGCCAGUUUUGUUCAACGCAGAUACAAAAUGUUGUCUGCAAUUAGGAGUGAUGACCCUUUUGCAGGACGGAGAAACAGAAAUCUAGCAAAAAAUGAGAUAUUACCAAAUAUCUGGAAGAUUUUGAGCUUUAUUUGUCUGUCUAGCAUGCCAUAAAAAAAUCAUAAAUAAUAAAAAAAGGCUAAAAUCCAGAUUUAUCAGGCUUAAUGGCAACGUGAUGACAAAAGCAAAACUAGGUAUAUGUUUUGCUAACGCGACUAACACGACUGCCGUGCACUCUCUUGAUACUCAUUUGUAUACAGCUUGCUUUUUUCAUUAGGAUCGAAUACUACUCCUUGCGUGUCUGUUAUUUCCUGUAUGUAUAAGUUACCAUACUAAGAAUAUUAUAGGAUCGUUAUGAAUCUAAUGCAUAUUUUUAUUCUCAUGAUCAUAACAGGAAAUAAAACGAACAAAUGUUCGUUUCGCAUUGUUUUAUGAUUAAGUCUGGGCGCCUUAAGUUAACUAUUCUUGUGAUAAAACAUUCAUUCUAAUGCUGAAAGCAUUACCUCAACAUAGCGUUUAUUUCUAAUUCCCGUCGUAGUAAGUAGAGCCAUUAUAAUUUUCAUCAUUUGUUGGAUGGAUUUAAUGAAUACUCCAAAAUUUCUUGUGCUGAUUUUAAUAAAACACACUUACCUUCCGAUCCGUUACCUUUGAAAUCACUGAAAAGCGAUUAUUAAAGCAUAUUAUUAAAAUUACGCAACUGACGUUAUUUCUUAAAUUCGUUGUGCCGUUUUAAAUCCGUCCAUCAACAUUUUUCAUCGUCCGAACUAAAAAUCACAACAAUGUUUACGAAGCUAAUGCGCAUGUAUUUGUGUACGACGGCAUGACACAUGUUAUUCUGCAAAAUUUCUGCAGGUCAGGCAAGUUUUCCAGGCUAUCGGAUAACGACAAUGCCUUGCAUGAGUUAUUUUCAUUUAUGAAUGAAAGAAAUUAACACCAUUAGUCGACAUUUUCUUCUUCGUCGCUCGAAAAAACGUAGGAAACUUGGCUGGUAGGACUUCUUUAAUGAUAAAAAGCAUUUAAAUAGAUCUCAACUCACUUUGAUUUAUCGCGUAUGAUAGACAACAAACUAAAUUAUUAGGGAAUAACUAGUUUUGCAUUGUGUGUCAUAAAAAUGCUGAUAUUUUUAAUAAUUUGUGUUGGAUAGGACGGGAAUAGGCAAUUACGACGAAGCAGCAACAUACCCUACCAUAGCAAACUUCCCUAGUAACAUACUUGUUAUAAACCUGUAUACCUGACUCUUACAUACUAAUUUGAGUCAUUAAUAAGUUGAUGUAACUAAAAUUAUCGUAAGUGUGCUAGUUGGGUAUGCACAUAAUGUUAAAUAAGCAUCAUGUAUUUGUAAGUGAGUGAAUCCCGAAGUAUAUUGUCUCUAAAGUGUGUGCAUUAUUCAGUUUGUCAACAUGAAUCGCUAUAAGAAAUAUGAUUUUACUAACUACAACAUCUAACGGGGCAGCCCUGAAUUUAAUCGAUCAUUUUCAAAUUCGUCUUGUCUAGACACACAACUUUGUCAAAACCAGGAACCUUCUAUCUUAUCAUGGUCAUGUGAUAUCAUCAUCAUCAUCAUCAUAAAAUUGGACCACGUACGCCACCUAGUGAAACAGUUUCGAACUUUAUGGUGCAUUACCAAAUGCGUUUUGUUCGAAUAAAUAACUUUGUAGAACACAGUAACAUUCUAUCUUGUCUCGACCCUAAGAUAUUCCUAAAAAAUCAAUAUGCUCGUUAUAAGCACCAUCCAUCGUAUAAGUUUCAAAUUUUAUUGUCCGUAGCCAGAUGUAACUCGUCUAAAUAAACAACUUUGCCAAAGACAGCAACCUCUAUUUCUUAACAGUCCCGAAAUAUUGAAGAUAUUAGUACCGAGAUUCUAGAAUAAUUUAAUUUGUUCAUCAUUUGCGCCAUCUAGCGAAUCAGUUUAUUCUUUAUUCGUUUUCAGAUGCGUCUUAAUUAGAUAAAUAACUUUGUCGAAAACCGCAACCUUCUAUCUCGUGCCAGUGCUGAGAUAUAGGUAGUAUUAUUCGCCGUGUACUCAGUACACGGCGCGACCGCUUAGGUAACUUUUUUUUAGCGCGACCGCUCUAAAGGCCCAAAUACAAUGCAUACAGAUUUUACUACGUUGCGAAAAUUUGACAGUUUUUCCAUGGGUAUUCUGUCAAAUUGCCGCAACGAGGUAAAAUCCGUAUGCAUUGUGUCUGGGCCUUAAGGUCAAGUAACACGCUUUGCCUCACCUGACCCUGACCCUACAAUAAACAAUACUUUUACAAUACCGAAAAUUUUAUCUAUUUAAUUAUAUUAUAUUACCGAUAUUGUUGAAUAUUAAUCAAGUGACCGUUAAAGCUAUCAACAUUUACUUUUAGUUAAUUUAACAAAUUUUAUCGACUGAUUUUCAACUUUAACAAUUGGAAUCCCAGCAAACAUCAACUCGUAUAUCAAUGUACGAAACUUAUCGUUAUUGACUUUUAAUAAAUUCAGGAUCGUGAAUAUAAUAGCCUAAUAAAGUGCACACAGGUUUAUAUUCUGUCGUAUUUGACUAUAGCAAGUGAUUGACCUGCGAUUUCCAGUACAGAAUUGUAUAGCAUUAGAAAACUAAUCGCCUUGAGUCGGAUCUUAUCGCAUACAAAGACUUAUGAAGUUGAAUUAUUAUCGUAUAUUUUGUAGUACGUAUAUGGCCUCCAAAUUAGUACGCAUAUG